AUGGACACUCAGCUAGUCGAAAAUGAGCUUUCCUUUGCCACCGCCAGACGUGUUUCAUUAGAGGUUUCUAAUUUGUCAGUGCUAGCAUCCAAGGACGUACCCAUUGUACGCGAUAUAUCUAUGAAGAUAAAUAGUGGUUCGAUUAUGGCAAUUAUAGGGGGUUCAGGUUCUGGAAAGACAACUCUGCUAAAUGUGCUUGCAUCUAAAAUGUCCAAAAGUCUACGACAGACGGGGUCCUUCAGUUUCAUCCCGGAGUCUGUCGACAAAGAACACAUACGCGAUGAUAUCACCACUGCUUAUCUCACUCAGCAGGAUAUCUUGUCUGCCAGACUAACAUGCCGCGAGACACUCCAGUAUGCUUCUGCGUUGAAGCUCAGAGAGAGCAAGGCGGAACGCAGAAAGCUAGUAGAGGAAUUAAUUGCAGAGCUGGGACUUCGUGAUUGUGCAGAUACGCUCGUAGGGGAUUCGCGUCAUCCAGGACUUUCAGGUGGUGAGAAAAGGAGACUCAGUAUUGGUGUACAAAUGAUCUCGAAUCCAUCGCUCCUGUUUUUGGACGAGCCCACGACUGGAUUAGAUGCUUACUCUGCAUAUCUAGUGGUAAAGACCCUUCGAAAGCUUAGUCACAAAGGUGGCAGGACUUUCAUAAUGAGCAUACACCAACCAAGGUCCGAUAUAAUAUUCCUCCUUGAUCAAGUUUGUAUUUUAUCAAGGGGCUUUAAUGUCUAUUGUGACGAUGUCAAUAAUAUGGUUCCUUAUUUCAGAGAGUUGGGCUUUGAAGCACCACCUCAUGCAAACCCAGCGGAUUACUUUAUUGACAUUUGUAGUGUUGAUUCUCGGUCUCCGCAGCUUAUGCAGCAAACACAAAAUAGACUCGAUGAGCUUAUUAAAAACUGGAAAGCUCAUCAGAGACUUCCCGAGGCUUGUCCUGCACUACAAAAUGCUAAAGUUAAACCCACCAUGCCCAGUGUAUCUUUUCUAAAUCAGGUUCGCGUUUUGACAGAGAGAUCCAUAAAAUUGAACAUGAGAGAUCCGACCACGAUGGUUGCGUUGUUAUUCGAGCCAGUCGUGAUUGGUGUCAUCACGGGUUGGAUAUUCUUCAAACCAGAUGCCACGUCACUGAAAGGAGUGCGGACGAUCACAUCUGCUUUGUACUCUGCUGCUGCUUUACAAGGAUAUUUAUUUUUAUUGUUUGAGAUUUACAGGCUGUGUGAGCAGGAUAUCAAAAUUUAUGACAGAGAGCGUGCUGAGGGCUGUGUCACACCGUGGUCUUUUAUCAUGGCACGGCGCCUAGCGAACUUCGUUUUCGAAGAUUUAGCAAUACCGUUCUUGUUCUCAAUCGUCACAUUCUUCAUGUAUGGCCUGAGUGUGAACGCUAAGAGCUUUUUCGUGUAUUUUUCGGUUGUAUUGCUAGUACAUCAAUGCUCAGCGUCAUUUGCAUUGCUAUCGGUGGCAAUUUCACGGGACUUUUCCCAAGCAUCGUUGGUGGGUAAUCUCAACUAUACCUUGCAAUCAAUGGCAUGCGGAUUCUUUGUAAACGCCAAAACUAUGCCAGUCUACGUUCGAUGGACUAAAUAUAUCACAUAUCUGUGGUAUAGCUUCGGAGCUCUGAUAUCGAAUCAGUUUACAGAUUUUGCGUGCGAGGCGGAAGGACAACAAAGCUGUGCAGGCAACAUGGUGUUAGAAACUUUAGGAUACCCACGCUUCUGGAGAACAACACCAGUGAUCAUAGUUUUCUGCUGGUCAGUGGCCUUUUAUAUUUGUGCCAUAACAAUACUGUACUGGAAGACGGUGGACGUAAGUCUGGCAAAACGUGUGAAAACUAAAAAGAAUGCUCAAGGGGGCAUUAAAAAAGUUGAAACUGGAACUGAGACCAAUCGUCUUGAAACAGACAUGGAGGCAAAUACCCUGGAAGCAGCAGCUGCCUGUAGAGAGGCGAUUACGAUCAAAAUACGCGGCGUCAGCCUAAAAGUGCACAAGAGACGUUUACCGUCCAUCAAAAGCAAGAGAGGUGGUAGCAGAGAUUGUAUUUCAAUUUUAAAUGACAUCAAUGCCGUAUUCAAGCCUAAUGCUAUAAACGCCAUCAUGGGCCCGUCAGGGUCAGGAAAGUCUACUCUGUUGAAUUUGCUGUCAGGGAAAUUGAAAUCGACCUUCCUUGAAUUUUUUGAAACAGAAGGCAACAUUCAUUUUAACGAUAAUCAGGUUUCACAACAUGUCUUCAAAAAUAUGUGCUCUUUCGUCCCACAAGAUGAUGACCAUCUCUUGGCCCAGUUGACGGUCAAAGAAACACUUUCUUUCGCAGCAGAAUUAAGAUUGCACCAUAUCAGCCCCGCCGCACGAAACCUGAGAGUGGACGAAUUGAUCUCCGAACUUGGUCUUAAUCACUGCGAAGAUACACUAGUAGGUAAUGAAUUGAUCAAGGGCAUCAGUGGUGGCGAGAAAAGAAGAGUUUCAAUGGGCAUACAUCUGCUCACCGAUCCACCUAUCCUGCUACUCGACGAGCCGACAUCGGGUUUAGAUAGUUUCACUUCUUUCAAGGUUCUUGAGGUUUUAGCAAAUAUAAGCCAAAAGCCGGGAAAAACUGUUAUCCUCACCAUUCAUCAACCUAGAGCAGAGAUGUUCAAACAGUUAGGAAAUAUCCUUCUACUUGCUAAAGGAGGUCGUGUUGCAUACAAUGGCUGUCCUUUUGAUAUGGUGGCUUACUUCGGUCAUUUGGGAUUCGAAUGUCCUCCUUUCACAAAUGUUGCGGACUAUUUUCUAGAUAUAAUUUCGGUGAACACACAAAAUGAUAUCAAUGAGGCAAAAUCGCGUGAGCGGGUUUCUUCUCUGUUAAGUAGUUGGGACCAACAAAUGAAAGAGGUCAGCGAGUUUUCGAUUGAUUCGAAUGAUUCAUUGAAGUAUAACGGGUUUAUACACCAGGAACACACUCGCCACAAGGCAUCGUUUCGUGUUGCUUAUCAAGUUUGCGUUCGGCGUCAAUUUAAAACAAUCACAAGGAAUAUGGAAUCAUUGGGCGCUAGACUUGCCCAAAUUCCUGGCGUUGGUAUCAUAUUGGCGCUAUUCUUUGCUCCCGUUAAACACAACUAUGCCAGUGUCUCAAACAGACUGGGGCUUGUUCAACAAUCGACUGCAUUGUAUUUUACCGGAAUGCUAACAAAUCUGGCUUGCUAUCCAGGGGAAAGGAAUUACUUCUACCAAGAAUUUGACGAUGGUGUUUAUGGCGUUACACCAUUUUUCCUCGGCUAUAUGACAAUAGAAUUACCUAUGGCAGCUCUUGCAUCAUCAUUGUAUGCAGUAUUCACGGUGUUGGUCUGCGGAUUGAACCGUUCUGCUAGCAAUUUCUUUGUGACAAUGUAUUGCAGCGUGAUUAUUUCCACUUGUGGCGAGGCCCUCGGGAUAAUCACGAAUACACUUUUCACCACCCCCGGUUUCGUAGUCAAUGUUGUGUCAAUUUUACUAACAAUUGGUUGCGUGAUGUCGGGCCUACUGUCGUUGCAGAUGUCACGAGUGCUACGAGGCUUUAACUACAUGAGCCCCGUCAACUACACAGCAAUGAUCAUGAUCAAUUAUGCAUUUCCAGGUGACCUCAGGCUCACCUGCUCAGACGGCGGAAGGAACGCCGACGGUUCGUGCCUUUUCUCGACGGGCACUCAGGUGCUGGAAAGCUAUGGGCUAGAGCAUAAUACGAGUACGUACCUUGGGAUUACAAUAUGCGUCUGGUUUGUCUAUAGGCUCAUAGCGUACUUGACGUUGAGGGCUAAACUGGAGUGGAUUAAGUGGUAA